AAUAUUUAUCUCCAAUCUGCAGGGCUGGGAGUUGAGAGCUGUCAUGUACUGGCGCUGAUUAUGCAGGCAAGGAAAGCCGACUCCGAUUGGACGUAGUAGGACCUAAGGCGAGGGAGGGACAGCGAGAGGGUGGAGAGGGAGAGAGUUGGGCUUGCUUGCAGCAGUGCAAUGUAAACACCGGCGAGGGAGCCGACCGCUUCUUUUCCGGGCAGCAAGUCGCGUGCCACAGGGAUCGAGGCUGGCUCUCGGGCUGCCGCCGCCGCCGCGUUUAGCUCUCUCCGCUGGAUGAAUGCAAAAGGGGAGCCACCUUGCCGUGCCCAGGAGACGCGCCCUCCCCGCUUCGGGUUCGGAUGGAUUUAACAUUGGAGACUAGCGGAAUGUCCUAGCCUCGCUCAGCCACUGCGGCUCCGCCUUUGCUGUGCACUGCCCUUCGGAACGGGGCGAUGGAAAUGAAUAUGAAGAAGUUCACAGUGCGCAGGUUCUUCUCGGUGUAUCUCCGCAAGAAGUCUCGCUCCAAGAGCUCAAGCCUAAAUAGAUUCGAGGAAGAAGGCAUUGUGAAGGAGAUAGACAUCAGUCAUCAUGUAAAAGAAGGUUUUGAAAAAGCAGACCCGUCACAGUUUGAGCUGCUGAAAGUGUUAGGGCAAGGCUCCUAUGGAAAGGUAUUUCUAGUAAGAAAAAUCAAAGGAUCUGAUGCUGGGCAGCUCUAUGCAAUGAAGGUGCUCAAGAAAGCAACUUUGAAAGUCCGAGAUCGUGUACGAUCAAAAAUGGAAAGAGACAUUUUGGCAGAGGUUAAUCACCCUUUCAUUGUAAAACUUCAUUACGCAUUUCAGACAGAAGGAAAGCUAUAUCUUAUACUAGAUUUCUUACGAGGAGGGGAUCUUUUCACCAGACUUUCCAAAGAGGUCAUGUUUACAGAAGAAGAUGUUAAGUUCUAUUUAGCUGAGCUGGCCUUGGCUUUAGAUCAUCUCCAUGGUCUUGGUAUUAUUUACAGGGAUUUGAAACCAGAAAACAUUCUUCUUGAUGAAGAGGGACACAUUAAAAUUACAGACUUUGGCCUGAGCAAGGAAGCCAUUGAUCAUGACAAGAGAGCAUAUUCGUUCUGUGGGACAAUAGAGUAUAUGGCCCCAGAGGUGGUCAACCGACGAGGACACACACAAAGUGCAGACUGGUGGUCCUUCGGCGUUCUAAUGUUUGAAAUGUUGACGGGGUCAUUGCCCUUCCAAGGGAAAGACAGAAAGGAGACAAUGGCUCUCAUUCUCAAAGCCAAGCUAGGAAUGCCACAGUUUUUGAGCACAGAAGCUCAGAGUUUGCUGCGAGCUCUUUUCAAAAGGAACCCAUCUAACAGAUUAGGUGCUGGUCUUGAUGGAGUUGAAGAAAUUAAACGGCAUCCGUUCUUUGCUACUAUAGACUGGAAUAAGCUGUACAGGGAAGAAAUCAAACCCCCUUUUAAACCUGCAGUGGGACGACCAGAGGACACCUUUCAUUUUGACCCUGAAUUCACUUCACGGACACCAACAGAUUCCCCAGGUCUCCCUCCAAGUGCCAACGCUCAUAAUCUCUUCAGAGGAUUCAGCUUUGUGGCAUCCAGCUUAGUGCAAGAGCCUGCACAGCAAGAGUUGCACAAGAUCACAGUUAAUCCAAUUGUCCAGCAGUUACAUGGGAACAAUAUUCGCUUUACAGAUGGAUAUGAGAUCAAGGAAGACAUUGGUGUUGGCUCUUACUCAGUAUGUAAGAGAUGUGUACAUAAAGCUACAGAAGCAGAGUUUGCAGUGAAGAUAAUUGAUAAGAGCAAAAGAGACCCCUCUGAAGAAAUUGAGAUUCUUCUGAGAUAUGGGCAGCACCCAAACAUCAUAACUCUCAAAGAUGUCUAUGAUGAUGGGAAAUACGUAUAUCUUGUGAUGGAGCUGAUGCGAGGAGGAGAACUCUUAGACCGAAUACUUCGACAAAAGUGUUUUUCAGAACGAGAGGCUAGUGCUGUCCUCUGUACCAUCACCAAGACAGUAGACUACUUGCAUUCCCAGGGAGUUGUUCACCGAGAUCUUAAGCCUAGUAAUAUUCUUUAUAUGGAUGAGUCAGGAAACCCAGACUCCAUCAGAAUCUGUGAUUUUGGAUUUGCCAAACAAUUGAGAGCUGAGAAUGGUCUGCUAAUGACACCAUGUUAUACAGCCAAUUUUGUAGCACCUGAGGUCCUGAAACGACAAGGCUAUGAUGCAGCCUGCGAUAUCUGGAGCUUAGGGAUUCUGUUGUAUACCAUGUUAGCAGGAUUCACACCUUUUGCAAAUGGACCAGAUGAUACUCCAGAGGAGAUUCUGGCUAGAAUUGGCAGUGGAAAAUAUGCACUUACAGGAGGAAACUGGGAUUCAAUAUCUGAUGCGGCUAAGGAUGUUGUCUCCAAGAUGCUUCAUGUAGAUCCUCAUCAGCGCUUAACAGCAGCCCAAGUCCUAAGGCACCCAUGGAUAGUAAACAGGGAAUACCUGUCCCAGAAUCAGCUCAGCAGACAGGAUGUUCACCUAGUAAAGGGUGCAAUGGCAGCCACCUACUUUGCUUUAAAUCGAACACCUCAGGCACCAAGGCUGGAACCUGUAUUGUCCUCUAACCUGGCACAGCGGAGGGGAAUGAAAAGACUGACCUCAACGAGGUUGUAGUGGUCCCAAAGAAUGGCUGGUUAACAAAGAAAAACAUCCACCAUCUGUUGAUCCAAAAGGCUGGUCUAUAUUGCUAGUUUUGCAGGACUCUGGACUAUUGGCACCUAAAUUGCUAGAAUUAGCAAAGUUAUACUUUGCUUUCAGAUUUUGUUUUUUUACAUUUCCACCAAGAACCUGAGUUAGCAAUUACUCAAAGAUGUGCCAAUUUUUCAAUUGCUGUAUUGCUUCUUAUUUAAGUAUAAACUGUCAAGGUCCUAUUCUUGCCUCUCUUCUCUUUCUCCAAAAUGCUAUUUUUGGAAUAUUUUAGAUGCUUUGUAAGGCCACUUUUUUGUACGCAUUUUUCAAUAGGGAAACUACUUUUGGUUUUGGUUAUAGAGGUCAAUUCUACCAGCAUAUGUGUCAUGGUCAGUUGAUACAACUACCCAUCAUCAACUGCAGUGAAGUUCAUCUUUAAAGAGUUUAAUCAGCAUAUGAUGUGAAAUCAGUGGCCACCUACUACUAUUCAAGCUGAAGAAAAUAGAGCUGCUGGAAUGAUACUUGUUGAGUUUCCCCAAAAAGCCCUGUUCAAACAUUCUUCCGUAGAGGGUGAACCGGCCCCUGACCUCUACAUAUUCAAGAAUCCAGUUUGCAGAGAGUUUACAUACAUUUACCCAAACACAGAUAAGUUCCUGUAUGCAUAAUCCAUACCCUGGAUAAACAGAGGGCAUGGAUCACAUGUACAGGGGUAGAUGUGAAUUCAGGUUAUAUAUGUAAGCUGUGUGCAAAUGGAGCCCUUCAGUGCAUGGAAGUGGGGCCAGCAGGCAUGACUCCCCACCCGCCAUAUAUUCACUUCUACAUUGAUGAAUGCAAGAAGAGAGCUAAAGACUUACAAUGUUACAAACUCUUCCACUGCUGUCAAAUUGAGAUGGUGUUCUUCUUUUGUUUGCUUGUUCAGUCUUUUUUUUAAAGUUCAUAACCCCAGGGCAAGGUCUCCGUCUAGUUCCUGAUUAGCAGCAGAGGAAGAAAAGAACUUUCUUCUGUCACUAGAAAAACUUAAGUAAGCAAAUUACUAUAACAUUUCCCGAUGUCAAAGAAAAUGUGCAUAGUUGUAAUAUUAGACUCUAAGCUCAUUCACACAACAAUAGCAGGUGGGAAGUACAGGCAGGGAAGGCAGGAAUGAACCUACUCCCCCCCCCACCCCCAGAUUGCCAUCACGCACCCACACAAUCCACACUGCCCCAAGCAGUGCAAAUUGCUGGAGGCCAGGAAAACAAGUCCCAGUCUCCAGGAAUCCCAUAAUGCACAGCGUGACAAGCACAGUGCCUUGGUGGAUUCCCCAGUGACUUGGGCGCUCUAGGUGCCUGCCUCUAUGUACACUUGGGCUCUGUGCAGCCCGAGCACACACACAAUCCCAAACCUGGGGUUGAGGGCACACUUGUGCCCUCUAACCUAAUUAAGGGCCGGACUGAAAAAUUGGGCUAGUGGGGGCGGAAGCACCAAGAUAGUGAGUGAUCCCAACCCAGGCUGCUCGUCUGAAUAGCCUCUCUGUCUUUCAUCACAUUCCCUAUCCAUCUUGGCUUCUGUUGAGCAUAAGCUGAUUGAUGAAAUAGGUACAUUCCACCUUCCUCUGAUAUUUGUGCAACUAUACGGGUUGGUCAGUGAACCUGAACUGCACCCAUUAGCCACAACUCAGUACAGAUUUAAGCAGGCCUAAACACUUUGAAAUCAGUAGGCUUAAGAGCACAUAAACUCUGUGUUGUAUUGUGACCAUGAUUUGUAGCACUUUACUUGAUUUUUGCUAUCAAAAUAGAUUUUUGACACCUUCCAAAGCAGUGCAAGAGAAACUAGCAUGCUAUAUUGUCUUUUAUUUCUUCCUCUGCGGGCGAGGGGGGUGGAAUUAAGGAACAGUGUCAUAUCCUACAGAUUACAUUUCUUUUGCUGAAAAGUGAGGCCAUUCAAUUGCUAAACAGAGUUUGAGAUAUCCAUGUUUGAGUCUGUGUACACAAGGGAACAAAAGGUUGCAUUAGCUACUGUAAUGUGCUUCUUAGGGUUCGUUUCUGUGUUCAAAAGAAUAUGUCAUGUAAGUUAUUUUAUUUUAUUUUGUCCUUAAUUCUAAAUUAUAUUUAAUGUUUUAUUUUUAUGUGCUGUGCACACAAGACUGCAACAAAGCAGCUGUUCUUGAAGUUUGAUUUUUAGAAUAAAAUAAUGCUGUGAAA